GAGGUUAUGUGUUAUGUCGUCCAUUCGAUAAUUCGAUUUCUAGUCCUUUUAUUAAGCUGACGAGUUUCGUUCGUUUUUUGUCUUUCAUUUAUCUUUAAAGUUUUUCAGCUUUAAAUCGACAUCGAAAUGACUCGCAAGCGCCGUAAUGGAGGAAGAUCAAAACACGGCCGUGGUCACGUCAAGCCUGUGCGUUGCACCAAUUGCGCUCGCUGCGUGCCCAAAGACAAGGCUAUCAAGAAAUUUGUUAUUCGUAAUAUUGUCGAAGCCGCCGCUGUCCGUGAUAUAACUGAUGCUAGUGUAUAUACAUCAUACCAAUUGCCGAAAUUAUAUGCUAAAUUGCACUACUGUGUUUCUUGUGCCAUCCAUUCCAAAGUGGUCAGGAACAGAUCAAAAGCUGACCGUCGUAUCAGGACACCACCAAGCCGUAACUUCCCACGUGGUGAUAAUAAUCGCCAAGGAGGACAACCUCAAAGGAAAACGUAAUUCCCAUCGUAUUAUGGGGAUACAAAAUUAUAUUAUACCUUCAUUUAAGAUAUAAAAAUACAUUUUGAUUCUGACAAAAA